AUGAUUCCCGAGGGUCUUGACAAAAGGCCCUUGAAGGAUAUCAUUGGUGAGAUUGUGGAGCACAAGUUUAACUGUGUGCGUCUCACCUACGCAAUCUACAUGUGGACACGUUAUGUCCACGACAAUGUCAAUGCCACGUUUACCUCUUUGGAUGUACCAGGUGUGGUCCAAGGCAUUUCCAAGAACAACCCUUUUGUGUUAUCCAUGACACAUGUUCAGGUCUUUGAUUCCGUUGUUCGUGAACUUGGGAUUCAGAAUGUGAAAGUGUUACUUGAUAACCACGUGAGUGAGCCAAAGUGGUGUUGUAAUGACGAUGAUGAGAACGGUUUCUUCCAUGAUAGACAUUUUAAUCCUCAAGAAUGGGUGUAUGGCCUUACUCGCGCAGCCAAACACUUCAAUGGAAACCAUGUUAUUGUAGCAAUGAGCUUGAGGAAUGAAUUGCAUGGUCCACGCCAAAAUUUGUAUGACUGGUACAGUAAACCAUUGAAGAUAGAUUUGGGUAAGAAAAUGGUGUUUGAGACACAUUUGUAUUCAUGGUCUGGAAUUGGAACACUGAAAUUGAGAGAGAUAUGGACAAAGCAACCAGUGAAUAGGAUAUGUGCCGAUAACAUUAAAGGGAUAGAGGACAGAGCUGGAUUCCUCACAACUCGGCAAGAAUGCGGUUCCUUUGAUUUUUACGAGUUUGGGUUUAACGAGAGAUGGAUCAUAGAUGAAGGCACAGGACAACGUGCGAAGUUGGCAUGUGCCAAUUGGGCUGGCCACCUCCAACCAAUGAUUCCUGAGGGUCUUGACAAAAGGCCCUUGAAGGAUAUCAUUGGUGAGAUUGUGGAGCACAAGUUUAACUGUGUGCGUCUCACCUACGCAAUCUACAUGUGGACACGUUAUGUCCACGACAAUGUCAAUGCCACGUUUACCUCUUUGGAUGUACCAGGUGUGGUCCAAGGCAUUUCCAAGAACAACCCUUUUGUGUUAUCCAUGACACAUGUUCAGGUCUUUGAUUCUGUUGUUCGUGAACUUGGGAUUCAGAAUGUGAAAGUGUUACUUGAUAACCACGUGAGUGAGCCAAAGUGGUGUUGUAAUGACGAUGAUGAGAACGGUUUCUUCCAUGAUAGACAUUUUAAUCCUCAAGAAUGGGUGUAUGGCCUUACUCUGGCAGCCAAACACUUCAAUGGAAACCAUGUUAUUGUAGCAAUGAGCUUGAGGAAUGAAUUGCAUGGUCCACGCCAAAAUUUGUAUGACUGGUACAGGUACAUGAGCAAAGCAGCAGUGUCUAUACACAAGACAAACCCAAAUGUGCUUGUGGUUAUUUCUGGAUUGAAUUAUGAUACUGAGUUGCAGUUCUUAAAGUGUAAACCAUUGAAGAUAGAUUUGGGUAAGAAAAUGGUGUUUGAGACACAUUUGUAUUCAUGGUCUGGAAUUGGAACACUGAAAUUGAGAGAGAUAUGGACAAAGCAACCAGUGAAUAGGAUAUGUGCCGAUAACAUUAAAGGGAUAGAGGACAGAGCUGGAUUCCUCACAACUGGCAAGAAUGCAGUUCCUUUGAUUUUUACAGAGUUUGGGUUUAACGAGGUAGGUUCUUCAGUGGAGGACAACAGGUUCUUGACAUGCCUUCAAACUUAUCUUGUUGGGAAAGAUUUGGACUGGGGUUUGUGGGCUUUUCAAGAUGAAGGCACAGGACAACGUGCGAAGUUGGCAUGUGCCAAUUGGGCUGGCCACCUCCAACCAAUGAUUCCUGAGGGUCUUGACAAAAGGCCCUUGAAGGAUAUCAUUGGUGAGAUUGUGGAGCACAAGUUUAACUGUGUGCGUCUCACCUACGCAAUCUACAUGUGGACACGUUAUGUCCACGACAAUGUCUUUGAUUCUGUUGUUCGUGAACUUGGGAUUCAGAAUGUGAAAGUGUUACUUGAUAACCACGUGAGUGAGCCAAAGUGGUGUUGUAAUGACGAUGAUGAGAACGGUUUCUUCCAUGAUAGACAUUUUAAUCCUCAAGAAUGGGUGUAUGGCCUUACUCUGGCAGCCAAACACUUCAAUGGAAACCAUGUUAUUGUAGCAAUGAGCUUGAGGAAUGAAUUGCAUGGUCCAUGCCAAAAUUUGUAUGACUGGUACAGGUACAUGAGCAAAGCAGCAGUGUCUAUACACAAGACAAACCUAAAUGUGCUUGUGGUUAUUUUCGGAUUGAAUUAUGAUACUGAGUUGCAGUUCUUAAAGAGUAAACCAUUGAAGAUAGAUUUGGGUAAGAAAAUGGUGUUUGAGACACAUUUGUAUUCAUGGUCUGGAAUUGGAACACUGAAAUUGAGAGAGAUAUGGACAAAGCAACCAGUGAAUAGGAUAUGUGCCGAUAACAUUAAAGGGAUAGAGGACAGAGUUGGAUUCCUCACAACUGGCAAGAAUGCAGUUCCUUUGAUUUUUACAGAGUUUGGGUUUAACGAGGUAGGUUCUUCAGUGGAGGACAACAGAUGGAUCAUAGAUGAAGGCACAGGACAACGUGCGCAGUUGGCAUGUGCCAAUUGGGCUGGCCACCUCCAACCAAUGAUUCCUGAGGGUCUUGACAAAAGGCCCUUGAAGGAUAUCAUUGAUGAGAUUGUGGAGCACAAGUUUAACUGUGUGCGUCUCACCUACGCAAUCUACAUGUGGACACGUUAUGUCCACGACAAUGUCUUUGAUUCUGUUGUUCAUGAACUUGGGAUUCAGAAUGUGAAAGUGUUACUUGAUAACCAUGUGAGUGAGCCAAAGUGGUGUUGUAAUGAUGAUGAUGAGAACGGUUUCUUCCAUGAUAGACAUUUUAAUCCUCAAGAAUGGGUGUAUGGCCUUACUCUGGUAGCCAAACACUUCAAUGGAAACCAUGUUAUUGUAGCAAUGAGCUUGAGGAAUGAAUUGCAUGGUCCACGCCAAAAUUUGUAUGACUCGUUCUUAAAGAGUAAACCAUUGAAGAUAGAUUUGGGUAAGAAAAUGGUGUUUGAGACACAUUUGUAUUCAUGGUCCGGAAUUGGAACAACUGAAAUUGAGAGAGAUAUGGACAAAGCAACCGAGUGA